AUGCACCAGGAUUACUACAAUGCCACGGAGACGCUUCACCCUCAACACAUCAAACCGGCCAAUAACGCGAAUAAAAAACGCAAACUCGAGAGCGAACCCGCAAGCAACGCGUCAACAACGCCCAUUUCGACAUCUAACGGCGCUAUCAUCUCGCAACCAGCAACGAUAAAUGCAGAACUUGCGGAGGCUAAUAAGAGAAAGUCGACCGAAACGCUUGAUGGUCCGACUAAGCCAGCAAAGGUCGGAAGGAAAAUUGCACAGAACAAAGUCUUAGAGGAUGGCAAGAAAAAAUGGCAGAAUUUUGCCCAAAAGGGGGUAAAGGGGAAGGUAGGAAAGGCGAAAAAGAUUGGCGAAAGCAGCAUGUUUAGGACUCCCGAUGGAGUACACGGACGAGUUGGUUUUACGGGAUCUGGUCAACCUAUGCGAAAAGAUGCUACAAGAGGCAAACAUAUCUACCAGCAGGGCGAAGAAGAAGAGUAG